AUGACAGGAAUUGCCGAGUUUGUUGAACAUUAUACAAUCGACGACAGAGAUCAAGUUGAUGUUCGUUUGCAGUUGCUAGAAAGUGCAUUUAGUGAAUUCAAAGAAGUGCGAAAUUUGAUAGAAACUGAAAUGGAUGAAUUGGAAGAUGACGAAGAACCAGAACUAGACGAGAAGGAAGCAGACCGUUUGGCGAGAUUGGAAGCUGCUGAAGAAAGGAGGGAUGUAGAGAACGAUGAGAUUUUACGAAAUGCGGAGAAUUUAUAUUGCAGACUCAAGGGAUCGCUGCUAAAACAUCGUAUCAAGGACGAGAGUGUCGCCAGCCCUCCCGCUGUUACUGCCUCGGUUUCUGCAUAUUCGAAGAUCAAACUUCCAGAGAUUAAAUUACUUACCUUUUGUGGUAAACUUCGAGAUUGGGUCCCAUUUCGAGAUGCUUUCCGCAGCCUUAUCCAUCGGAACGAGAAGCUUACAGACAUGGACAGGUUUACGUACUUGCGAUCGUCUGUCUCCGGAGAAGCUCUUCAAGCGAUUUCAUCCAUUGAGCUGACAGCAGCCAACUACACCGUGGCUUGGACAUCUUUGGAAAGACGUUAUCAAAAUACUAAAUUGAUUGUCAAGGCGCACCUAGAAGCACUCUUUGGAGUUGCUGUUAUGAAGAGAGAGAAUUUCGAAUCCCUAAACCACGUUCUAAGUGAAUUUGAUAAGAAUCUGCAAAUGCUCGAAAAACUGGGACAAGAGACAGUUGGCUGGAGUACUAUCCUUGUUCACAUGCUCUGCGCGAGGUUGGAUCCCGUUACUCUUAGAUUAUGGGAAACACACCACAACUCCAAAGAGGUCCCAGCUUAUGAAGAUUUGAUUACCUUUCUCAGAAAUCAUUGUGCAGUUCUCCAAUCUGUUGGACAUAACAUUCUCCCACCAAUAGCCGAUAACAAAAGGCCACGGUUUGGUGUGAGCCAUCCAUCAACAUCUGGACGUUGUAGCUUCUGUUCAGAACCGUCCCACUCAGCAUUUAUAUGCAAACGAUUCCAAAAUUUGAGUGUGUCAGAACGUUAUGAUACGGUACGUAAACAUGGUUUAUGUGUGAACUGUUUGUCAGGUGGACACCUAGCCCGCAACUGUACAAGAGGAAUGUGCCGUAAUUGCGGUAGGAGGCAUCACACGUUGCUUCAUCCGUCAAACGCUUCAGCGAACAGUGGAAAUGAAAAACAAAAGUCGAGACGACCCCCAACUGACAAUCAUCAGCAGACGUUGCAAACUCCGACUCAGAACACAGUCACAGCCACACCCACACCCACACCCACAAACACAAAUACACCAUCCACCAUCACCUUAACAGUUGUCAAUCCACAUUCGCAUAGCACUCACCCAAUGCCAGCCACUGGUCAACCCUUCUCCACCAAGCACACAGUCACACUUCAAGCCUCCAAUAAGUCAAUUACACGUCAAGUGCUGCUGCCAACUGCACUUGUGCGUGUUAGCGAUGCGUAUGGAAACACGAUUUUGGCCAGAGCAUUGCUCGAUUCGUGCUCCCAAUAUUGUUUUGUAACUACUAGCUUCUGUCGGAAGCUCAAAUUGAAGGAGUUUUCUGACUACUUGUCUAUCCAAGGAAUUGGAGGAUCGGGAGGUGUGUCUAAGCAAGCUGUGCGUGCAACGAUCAAUCCACGAUUAAACGAAAUCUCGGAGUUCCAGGAGGACAUACGAUUCAAUGUUCUUUCAAAACUAACCGUACCAUUGCCAUGCGAAGAUUUCGAAAUCUAUCAGUGGAAUGUACCGAACGAAAUCAUUUUGGCUGAUCCGGAUUUCAACAAAGCAGCAGAUAUCGACAUGAUAAUCGGUGCAGAGUACUAUCUCGAUCUGUUAUUGGACGGAAAAAGGAAACUCUGGGAACAAGGACCUACGCUACAAAAUACUGUUUUCGGAUGGAUCGUUUCCGGUCGACUUACCGAUUCGACAUCUGCUUUGUCCAUAGCAGCUGUAUAUCUGUGUUCGACUACAGCUCUCCAGGACCAAGUGACCAAAUUUUGGGAAUUGGAAUCCUGUCAAGUGAAAAGCACAUAUUCGAUCGAAGAAACACGGUGUGAGGAAAUCUUUGAACAAACGACUACAAGAGACGAUACAGGGCGUUUCGUAGUGACCCUGCCGAAAAAAGAUUAUGUCAUCCAAAAGCUGGGUGACUCUAAAGCUUCAGCACUUCGACGCUUCAUGAGUUUAGAGAGGCGGUUCGCAACGAAUCCUGAAAUGAAGACCUUGUACUGUGAGUUUAUUCGGGAGUACCAGUACAUGGGUCACAUGCGAAAGGUUGACGAUCAAGCCGUGGCACCCGGACCAGUUUAUUAUCUGCCACACCAUGCCGUAUUAAAACCGGACAGCACGAUGACUAAAUUACGUGUCGUUUUCGACGCCUCUUCUCGGACAUCCACUGGAAUCGCACUCAAUGACGGUUUAAUGGUUGGUCCCGUUGUCCAAGAUGACCUGAUGUCAAUCAUAAUUCGUUUCCGGAUGCAUCGUUUGGCACUCGUAGCUGACAUAGCCAAGAUGUAUCGCAUGAUUAAUGUACAACAAUCUGAUCAAGGAUUGCAACGCAUCAUCUGGAGAGAAUCAGAAAAUGAUCCAAUUCAAACAUUUGAAUUGACAACCGUUACGUACGGGACCUCAGCAGCACCAUAUCUUGCCACUCGCUGUUUGCAAAGGCUGGCAGAGGACGGAGACAAAUCACAUCCUGUAGCUGCUAAGGUUCUUAAAAAGGAUUUUUAUGUGGAUGACAUGAUCACCGGUGUUAGUAGCGUGAAGGAAGGAAGGAGCUUGAUAAGGGAAAUGAACAACUUGCUAGACAGCGCAGGAUUUAUUCUUCGAAAAUGGAAUUCGAAUUGUCAAGAGAUCUUGGCAGAUCUUCCAGCAGGCCUCCGAGAUCAUAGAGAUAUUCUCGAAUUAGAUUCAUCCACAUCCACUGUAAAAACUUUGGGGCUUGCGUGGGAACCAUGCACAGACUGUUUCCGCUUCGAAGUUCCGAGGUGGAACACAGCGGCCAUCGUUACCAAGCGAGUUAUUUUGUCCGACGCAUCUAAACUCUUCGAUCCGCUUGGACUUGUCGGUCCUGUUAUAGUUCAAGCCAAAAUAUUUAUCCAAACGCUGUGGAAGCUAAAUUGCAAAUGGGAUGAACCACUUAUGGAGGAAUUCCAAGACUUUUGGCAAGAAUAUAGGCGAAACCUGAUCGCUCUCGAUUCCCUGACUGUGCCACGAUGGGUUGGACCAUGCCACGAUUGUGUAAGUGUCGAACUGCACGGCUUUUGUGAUGCUUCGGAAAGGGCGUAUGGAGCAUGCCUUUACCUUCGUUGCGUCUCCUCCGACGGAUCUGUUGCGGUACGUCUGCUAAUGUCAAAGUCAAGAGUUGCUCCACUCGAUGAACCAAAGCGAAACAAACGUAAGCAAUCAAUACCUCGACUGGAACUGUCAUCGGCGCUGUUACUCAGUCAUCUAUUCCAAAGGUUCAGAAGCAACAUCCCAACUACUACCAUGCCACAUUUCUGGACAGAUUCCAAAAUUGUCCAGUGCUGGUUAGCUUCGUCGCCAUCACGUUGGCAAGCCUUCGUUGGGAACAGGGUGUCUGAAAUACAGCAUAUCACAAGAUGCGGCGUUUGGCAUCAUGUACCUGGUACUGAAAACCCAGCAGAUAUUUUAUCCCGUGGAAUGACUCCGGCGCAGCUCCAGUAUCAGGCAAUCUGGUUCGAUGGUCCGCUAUGGAUGCGUCAAGAAACUCCUACGUGGCCUGUGAACGAUGAUGUCAACUUCGAACAGUUCGAAUCAGCCGUUUUAGAAGAACGGAGUGUGGUGUCAUUAGCUCUGCAAGCACAACCUCCAAGCGAAAUAUUUUCCUUAUAUUCAUCGUUCCCAAAACUCAUUCGCAUAGUUGCACUCAUUCGUCGGUUCCGAUAUAAUGCGACAGAAAUCAACAGAGGCAGUAGAAUGAUUGGACUGAUCAGUACAGAGGAGUAUGAUAAGGCUGUUAUUCAUUUAGUCCAACUGUCCCAGCGAGAAAGCUUCAGCCAGGAACUACUCGAUUUGGCAAGAAAUGAUGAGGUUCGGGAGUCAUCAAAAAUCUGUUCGUUACGUCCAAGGUUAGUAGACGGCAUCAUGCGUGUUGGCGGCCGGCUGAGGGAUGCGCCUGUGUCAGAUAGUAGAAACCAUCCGAUGAUAAUUCACCACAAUCAUCCUCUUGCAAUGUUGAUACUCGCCCACUAUCACACGAAGCUAUACCAUGCUGGACAACAGCUACUCAUUGCGCGCGUUAGAGAACGAUACUGGCCAACGCGAAUUCGGGAUUUAGCUCGGAAAUUGAUACAUGGCUGCAUCUCGUGUUUUCGCGCAAGGCCACGACCUCUAGAUCAGUUAAUGGCGGAUCUACCAGCAGAAAGAGUAACACCAGCACCACCUUUUCUUCAUGUCGGUGUGGACUACUGUGGACCGUUUUUAUUCUCCUAUGCUAAUCGUCGGAGCAGCCCUAAGAAGUGUUUCGUGUCCAUAUUCGUCUGCCUAGUCACAAAAGCGGUACAUCUAGAACUGGUGCAAGAUUUGACUACAGAAGCGUUCUUAGCAGCGCUUAAGCGCUUUGUAGCCCGGCGAGGGCAUCCAACAGUCAUCAUGUGUGACAACGCGAAAAACUUUGUGGGAGCCAAUCGAGAGCUAGAUGAACUACGAAGGCUCUUUGAAGGUCAACAGUUUCAACACGUGAUAACGAGAGACACAGCCGUAGAACGGAUUGAAUUUAAGUUCAUCCCUGCUAGAACGCCCAACUUUGGUGGACUAUGGGAAGCUGCCGUAAAGAGCUUUAAAACUGCAUUGAAGAAGACAGUCGGACCACGGACACUACAAUUCGACGAGUUUCAAACUGUUAUAACACAAGUAGAAGCAGUUUUGAACUCUAGACCGAUUACACCAAUAAGUAACGACCCGAACGACUUUGAAGCCUUGACUCCAGGGCAUUUUCUUGUACAACGUCCGUUGACUGCCAUAGCAGAGCCUAAUUUAGGCAGUGUGCCCACAAAUCGCUUAUCUUCCUGGCAAAGGGCUCAACACUAUGUUCAGAUGCUGUGGGAGAAAUGGACAACACUCUACUUAUCUGAUUUACACAAUCGGACCAAAUGGACGAGACAACGGGAUAACAUUGCAGUAGGAACCAUGGUACUCCUGAUGGACGAACGUUUACCACCACUCAGAUGGAAUCUUGGCCGUGUCACCGAUAUCGUUAGAGGACCAGAUAACAACAUACGUGUCGUUAAUGUUCGCACCCAGGACGGAAUCUACAAACGAGGAAUUACCAAGAUAUGCGUUCUUCCUAUAAGGGACAACGCGAUGUCGACGAAUGGCGGGCUGUAG